AUGAGAGAAGUCAACUUCAGCAUCCCCAGCGUCAACAAGGCGGCUGUGAACAUCACCACCACCCUCUACGAUAGACGUGCCCUCGACUGCACCUCCACCCUGCCGCUCAUCAACUCGCUCAACCAUCUCGCCUACCUCACCACCUCUUCAGACCGCAUCCGUGACAUCCUCACCGUCGACGGUGGAAUCGAGCAGCUGGUAUGCAUCCUCAAGGCGGGCCGGAGCAAGGACCUCAUGGAGAUGUGGAAGUGGAACCUCGCCUUCCAGUGCGUGGUCAACAUCGGCGUCCGUGGCUCAGAGAACGUCCAGAGACCACGCCCGCUCGUCCACCUCGCGGACCGCCUUCUACGAGCGCGGGACCACCCGACGGCAGGCUCCUCCGCCCUCCAUCGAGAUCCCCUUGCCCUACGGCCAGGAUGGCCCGCCGACCGACGCCACCAACACCACCGCCGCCACCACCGCAGACGGCCGUCACCAUAA